AUGGGAAGCUCAUCGAAGGAAGAGACGGCGAGUGACGGAGACACGACUAGUGGUGGCGCAUCGCCGUCCAACGACGGCAGACUCUUCUCCGAGGGCGAGCGUGUUCUCGCCUACCAUGGUCCUCGCGUCUACGGAGCCAAGGCAAACAACAUAACCCCCUCUCUCUCUUUAGCCUUUCUCCGUUUUUCCGUCGGAUGUUGGCGUAAUUUGAAUUCUGGAGAUUAG